CCAGGUGUACGCUGAGGAAUCUCAGCACCACAAUGAGCUCUCCAUCAGCAGCAUCACCCUCUCCUUCCAUCCCUCGUGCCCCUCCUCCUUCUCCUCUUCGCCAGUAGCAGCACCGGCAGCAGCAGCAGCUGCUAUGCUCAGUGCUCCAGCUGCCACCGCUGCAACCACUGUGAAGCAUUGCUGCUCAGGCCGCAGUGGCUACAGGGAUAAUGCGGAAUGGGCAGAGGUGGGCGCAGGCGAGCAUCACCUGUACAGGAACCACACUGAAUGGGCGCAGGUGGCUAAGGUCCUACCUCUUCAUCCACCUCCCUCUCCCUCCCUUCCCUCCUCCAUUUCCUCCCCCAGCAUCCCCUCUUCCUGCACUUGGUAUGCUGCGCAUAGUGCGCACACUACGCACGAAAAGGGUAAGUUGUCAGCCCCUGCUGUCAGUCCCUGCGCACGCCUCUAUCUGUGUCCUCGCUGCAGCCCUGUUAGGCUCUUACAGGUGUCUUCUUCAACCAGUGAGCAUGCACCAGCAGCAACAGCAGCUGUAGCAGCAGAAGCCAAGGCAGGUGGGAGGAAGGGCGAGGCUGCAGCAGCAGCCAUAGCCAGCGGCAGCACCGGCAGUCGGACCAGCAGUAGAGGCAACAACCACAGCAGCAGCAGAAGCAGAAGCAGCAGCAGCAUGCUGCCAGCUGUUCGGGUGGUAUCCUCCCAAGGGCGCGAGAAUGCCCUACUUGGACAUGGAUAUGAGCAAGCACAGGCACGUGCAAGCAAGCACUCGUGCAUGCACGUAGAUGUGAGCGUGCAGCCAUGCGUGGUCUGGGUGGAGCCACACUCCCUCUCCUUCAUCUCCACCAUGGCGACAGAGCUAGCCCGUCCGUCUGUCAGUGAGUUAGGUGAGAAGGGGCCUGGUGGAGCCGAGGAGGGAAAGCAGCAUUCUAAGUACUGGCAGCAGCAGCAGCGGGAACAGCAGCAGUCAAGAGAAGCACUCUCUGUUCCAGGGGAUGCCAGUGCUCCUUCUCCAGACCAACUCGGCGGUGUCUCUGUCAGUGUGCAUGCCAGCUGCCUUCGCCUCGUAGUCAACGCUGCCGCCCUGCUACAGCCGUCCCAGCUACAGCCGGGGAUGCAGCAGCCGUCUCAGCUGCAGGCAGGGAUGCAGCAUGCAAGUGGGCCACAACUGGGGCCGCUGCUGCCAGCAGCGGUGCAGCAGUCAGUUGUGUUUGGCAGAGGCCACUCGCUUGUUGCUGACUUCCAUUGCUUCAAGCUAUCGUCCUCACCACCACCACUACCAGCAGCGUCAUCAUCAUCAUCAGCAGCAGCAGCAACAGCAACAGCAGCAGCAGCAGCAGCAGCAGCAGAAGUAGAAGCAGCAGAAGCUGAACCAUAUGCUUCGAGUGCGUUCUCUCUGGUGACCUGUUCCCUGCAGCAUGUGUCAGUGCACUCUCUGCAUGUCAUUCCACUGCAAGAUUACUCAGGCAGUGGGAUUAGCAGCAGGAGUAAAGGCAGAGGCGGCUGGAGGGGGGAAAGGGAGUGUAUGGGAAGAGAUUGUUUAGAAAGACAGAGCGUGGUUCAGCUUCACUGUUUGCUUUCCGUAUCUGCCUCUGGCUCUGGCCCUGGCUCUGUCCCUGGCCCUGGCUCUGCCUCUCCCUCUGCCUUUGCGUCUGCUUCUUACCAGCAAUUUGGAAGGAGCACGAGUGGCAGUGCAGAGGACAGGGUAACUGGCCACAACAGGAGGGUCUCAGAGGCGUUGGGCCAGCUACUCCCAGAACCGCAACAGCAUCGCCACCACAACCACAAGCACGAGCAGCAGCAGCAGCAGCAGCAGCAGCAAUGCCGCCCCCAUAACCACCAUAAGCACCACCACCAGCAGCACCACCACCACCACCAUAAUCACGGGCAGCAGCAGCAGCAGCAGCAGCAGGAGCACGAUCCUGGUGCAGCAGUCACCCUGAUCGUCAACCAGAGAAGCAACAACCUUUAUGGGGCAGCCAGGCUCAAAGCAGCUCACAAGCUUUGGCAGCAUGUGGGAAGAAGACAAGCAGGACCGGGCGGCAAUGGGCGGGGUAUGACAGUGGGCGGCAACGGAGAGUUUGUGACUGCAGCUGCUGUGAGUGAUAGAGAGAGGGAGGAGGAAGAGGAGCACGAGAGAGCGGUAGUGGGAGAGGUGAGAGAGACUGCAGGUGCUGAUGUGGCGGUCAGGGUGGGUGAUGUGGCUGUGGCGAUAGACCCUGCUGACGUGGAGCUGAUCCACGACAUGCUGACGAGGAUUGGGAGCGCUUUGAAAGGGCGCUCAAGUGAAGUGGAGGACAGUGUUAAUAUGGCACUAGGAGGAGCCCCCUCUCGGAGCAUUCCAACAGAUCCAGGCAGUGAUCCUGGAUGUGAGAACGCGUUGGCCCAGUCAAAGAACGCUAGCUUUCUGGAUCCUGGGCAAGAGGCGACAAGGGGGGGGGAGUCAAGAGCGCAGGCACCCAUGUUCGUGGACUUGCAAGUAGGUCUCUUCCAAGCCGAGCUCCUGUUUCGGCCUCGAUCCGCAAGAGAUGCGAUGGCUGUGGCUGCGAAUGACAUGCUCCAGCAGCAGCUGCAAUGCAGAGAUGUACAUACUCUCCAUUCUUCCUCUUCAUUUUCUUCUUCUCCUCGCACUGCCACUCUUCCUGCUGCUCCUGCUGCUUCUCCUGGUGCCACCCCUCCCCUCUCCCCCUACUCCAAGCCUGCUUGGGGCCAAGGCUGGGACUCCCUCCGCCUGUGCCUCCAGCGAAUCACAGUCUGCCACGUCAGCAGCUUGGCUGGUAACCCUGGAGCAAUGUUCCUGAUGCUGCGGCACGGGGAAGCGACGGUUUGGGCGGCGCACCGCGAUUGGUGGGGGUAUGGGGAGGCGCAGCAGAGCAGUGGAGAAAUCAACCUCGUACAGGGUCCCUUGUCCCAUGCUCCUCCACAUUCCGUUGUGAAUGAUCUUCCCGAUAGCACGGACCGCGCUAGAAUCAGGCGACCGCAGGAGUGGCCGGUGCUGUCAACGUGGCAGGACGCCAUUGGGCGAGGCAGCGGGUCUCCCGGAGGGAACCCUCUAGAGAGGGGCGAGACGGGGGUGUGCCUACUGCUGGUGCAGUGGCCGGGAAGGUGCCAAGAAGCUUCAGGAGAGGCUGGGAUUCUGAUAGGGGUGGAGAAUGCAAGGGGAAUGGAGAGAGAGGGGGGAAAAGGGAGUGAGGGUUUGGGAGAGAGUGAGGGGUUGGUGUAUGCUAGUGUGAGGGGGCUGACAGCAGAGGCGCCAGGAGGCAGGUGGGACUUCCUGCUACCUCUCUCCUCCCUGCUCCCGCCACAAGGAACCACAGCUGCUGGUGGUCUUGGGGAGGGUUGUUACAGAGUGCGUUCUCAGGCACCUCAGAAUCCGAGCAACCAUACACAGCAGCAGCAGAAGCAGCACCGGCGCCACCAGCGGCACCGGCGGCAGCAGCAGCAUGCGUCCCAGCAGUCAACAGUGCGUACACAGACAGAAGGCCGGGAGCGGCCUCGCAGCUACCGUUCACUGUAUUCCCCGCGGGGCUCUCACCAGCAGGCAGCCGACAGGCCGGCAGCUGACAGCCAGACAGCUAGCAGCAGAACUUUCCGUGUACAUACACAGGAGGACGCACCUGAUGCAGCAGCAACAGCAGCACCUGAAGCAGCAGCAGCAGCAGCGGUGGUACAGAUUCGGCCAGCAGAGAUGCGAGUGGUGGUAGACCUGGUGGAUACUGGCUUUUGGUACGAGCCUAGGGGUGAGGCUUGGCCCGAACCUAGGAGCGAUGCUUGGGCCCUGCCAGAGAAGCAAGUAACUCCGCGUCCUGCUGCUGCUGCUGCGUGCUUGUUUGUUGGAAUCGCAGCCGUACACCUAGUUGCCGAAGCUAAUCCCACAGCAGCAGCAUCAGCACCAGCACCAGCAGCAGCACCAGCAGCAGCACCAGCAGCAGCAGCAGCAGCAGCAGCAGCAGCACUUCCCAUGGAGAAACCUGGGCCCACUCUCAAAUCGCCAUCACAAUCAGCGGAAUCACCACGAUCACCACAAUCACCUCAAUUGUCGCCCACCCCUCGUCGAGCAAACCCCCCUCGAGCAGCCUCCGCCGCUUGCCCUCCGCCUCAGCCUCUCGAUCACCCUCCGUCGCCCAACGCACCUGCAGCAGCCUUCGCCCCUUGCCCUCCACCGCGCACCCGUCCUCUCUUCCAGGCUGGCCUGUGCUUGAGAGAUCUGGGUGUGAGCGUGGUGCCUGUUGGCCGCUGCUGCCUGCCGUUCCCUGGGGUAGGAUCUGCUGGGAGCUCACCUCUGGAUGGUCGGAGUCUCAAACAGCACCACGUGCACAAGGCACUCUGGCAACAGGCCUAUCGCAGCAACCUCUUCGCUCAGGUCGCCACAGCCACAACUGUGCAAGUCGAGCUCGUUGCAACAAUUGCUGCUGCUGCUGCUGCUGCUACAGCCCCGGGUCUUGCUGCAGCUGCUACAGCUGUCGCAGGGAGGGGCUCUGCUUCUUCCUCAGCUCGAUCCACAGCACCGCCGGGCCUGGAGGUCAUCUGCUGCAACGCCCAAUCGCAGGUGGACACGUGUCAGGACAGCAUGCACGUGCUGGGGCGGCUGGGCCAGCAGUUGCAGCUGGUGUUCCCCCCUGAUGCCCCCACUGUCCCGCCGGGGGGGGUCACGAGUAGGGUGUAUGGGGAAAGUGGGGUGAAAGCAGGGGAGGGGGGGCAGAGGGCAGGGCAGGGUGGGCAGAGAGGGGAGCAGCUGCAGCUGGUUGUUCCCCCCCAUGCCCCUGCUGUCCCGCCCGGGGGGGUCGCAAGUAGGGUGUAUGACACACAGCCUUGUGGAAGCACGGCCAGUCCUGCUGCUAGCUUGGAAGAACCUGCUGCUCAGAGCAGUGGGGCUCAAGUGAAGGUUCCUGAACCCAAGGCUGGCUGCACUGCUACGCCUCUGGAGACCGGCUCUGGUACCCUUGCUGUGGGCAGAGGCAGCGGCAGCGGCAGCGGCAGUGGCAGCGGCAGGGGCAGGGGCAGUGGCAGUGGCAGUGGCAGGGACAUCGGCCGUGGUAGUGGCAGCCUCAGCAGCAGCAGCAGCUGCACAAGUACCAACGGGCAACAGCUUGGGACGGGCAAUAGAGGCAGCCGACAUGGUGAGGGGAACACUGCUCCUGCUGCUGCUGCUGCUGCUGCUCCUUCUGCUGCUUCUUCUACUGCUGCUUCUGCUACUGCUGCUUCUGCCGCUGGUGCUGCUUUGGAGGUGGGAGAUGCUCUUGGCAAUGUUGGGUGGACUGGUGGUGCUGAUUCGCGUGACAGCAAUGGGUGGGAUGGUGCUGGGUGGAGGCUUCUGGAAGAGGAAGCAGGGGGGUGGGUGGAAGUGAUAGUAGAGGGAGGAGAGGGUGAUUGUGACGAUGGCGGUGGAUGGACGGACGUGGAGGGGAUUCCGGGGAAUCACACAGAACAUGUUCGACAUAGUCACAUUCAGGUUUCAAGCUCUCAUAAUACCCACUCCUAUAGUCACAGUGACAGGCAUGCUAUUAGUCAAAGUAACGACAUCGGCCAAUCACAGUCGCACCCGCAACCUCGUUACGGUCACAACCAAGGGCACCGAGCAAGUCCCGAGAGCAGUACUACUGAGCCGGAAUUCAGCACCAAGGGCAGCACCCACCAAUCGCAUCACGCCAAGUGGUUCGAUGACACGUCAGUGCAUUUGGUUGCAGACCACGUCCCUCUCGUUCCUCUGGUUGCAUCCCCAUCGUAUUUUGAGUCGACUCAAAAUACAUCUCUCACUCCCUCCUCCUCUAACACUCCCUCCUCUCACUCAUUCCUCUCUCCCCCUAGUAGCACCCUCCAGUAUCGCAAGCACUGUACCAGCCUCGGUGGCAAUGGCAGCAACGCCAACAAAACUGAAUUACCUCAUGACCAAGGUUCCUCGUUCCACCGCGGUGCUUCUAACUCCCCUUCUUCUCCCUUCACCUCUCGCCCCUCGCAUAAGCCCUCCUCCUUGCCGGCCUGCUACCCGCCCUCUGCCUUCCGGCUUCUUCUCAGAAACUGCUCGCUCGUCUGCAGGCUGAGCUCCGGCCGGCAUUUUUUGUCUCCUGGUAGCAGUGGUUUUUGUGCUGGUCUUUGUGCGGCCGAUGGUGCCUCGGCUGCGGCUUCUCCUUCUUUUGCUGCUGCUGCUGAGUCAGCAUCGGUUGCUGCUGAUGAGUCAGCAGCGAAACUUCGAAUGGAAGGUCCGUGUGUGGAGGUUAUUCUGAGAGGAGUGGACGUCCAAAUGGAUAGCUUCCACUCAGGCAGGUGUCAACCAGGCAACCCGCAAGCUGUCAAGGCAGCAGCAGCAACAGCCAGCAGUGAUGGUUCCCCCUCCCGUGACUCUACCCACUGUGACAGUACUAAGAGUGUCUACAGCUCCCGCCUGGCGGUGACUGUAAGGGAGAUAGGAGUGUGGGACAGGGGGUUGCAGCAGCAGGGGAGCAGGACAUGGGAAAGAGUGGGUGGGGCGUAUGGCCGGGAGGCGGCGGAUGUUCGAUCCAAGGCUCUGCGAUUGUUGCUGGAUGCUGUCAGACCGAAUGCAACGGUUGAGAUUGACGAAUUCAGGCUGUCGCUCGCCCUGCUGCCCAUCCGCCUCCGAAUCGAUCAGAACCACAUCGAGUUCCUCUCCCGCUUCUUCGCCUCUUCAGCUUCUUCACCUCCCUCCGCUCCUGCUGCUGACUCCAUCCCCGCUCGACCCACUGCUGCUCCGGUCGGUGCUGCUGCCACUGGUUCUGCUGUCAGUGCUCGUGAAACAGCAGGAGCAGGAGUGGCAGCAGCGGUGGCUGAUGCUGAGCUGGUGCGCGACGCCUUGCUGCCAUUCUUCCAGGUCUGUGAAAUUCGAGCCUUUUCAAUCCUCAUCGACUAUGUGCCUCGGCGGCUGGACCUCUCGGCUCUCUCUGCUGGCAACUAUGCUCACCUGCUCAACCUCAUUUCCUGGAAGGGCGUUGAAAUCGACUUUACCAAGGCGCGAGUGGUGGGAGUGCAGGGAUGGGACGGGCUGGGGGGAGCCCUCAUCGGCCAAUGGCUGGAGGACAUCUGUCGCAACCAGCUGCACCGCGUGGUGAAGGCAGCCGGGCCUGUCAGUCCCCUGUGGGCCCUGGGCGCUGCUUCCCUGCAGCUGGUGCUGCUGCCGGUGCAGGAGUAUCGACAGAACAGGAAGCUCAUGAGAGGAUUGAAGAAAGGUGCUAUUCACUUCCUCCAGUCGCUCUCUCACGAGCUGCUGGGCGUGGGAGUGACUGUGGCAGCCGGCACUCACCACCUGCUGCAAGCUGCAGAACUCGCCCUGGCUGCUACAGCUGCUUCUGGUGCUACAGCUGCUACAGCUGCAACUGCUGGUACAUCUGCUGCUGCUGCUCCUCAUUCUUCUCCCGCCAGCCUCCUGUCGACCGCCCACCGUGCUACAUCCUCCUCUUCACCAUCCUCCUCUUCUUACUCUUCCUCGUCCUCUUCCACCUCCGCAGUCUCCUCUGCCCGCUCUUCCUCCUCCUCUCCUCCUCUUCCUCCUCCUCCGCCCGUCUUCGCAAUCCCAGCAAGGCUCCGUGUGACUGGCGGGAGUUGGGGGAACACGGAAGCUUCGAGGAAGGUUCGUCCUGGGUCACUGUUCAUGCCAACCACGGUACGGACGUUGGUGGUGGCAACAGUGGAAACAGCAGCAGCAGCAGCAGCAGCAGCAGCAACGUCAGAAUCCAUAACUGCAGCAGAAGCAGCAGCUGCAACAGCAGCAGGAGAAGUAGCAGCAGCAUUAACAAU